UGAAUGAGAAGCAAACAAAGGGUAGGACAAAAACAUGCAACUUCAGACUCGUUUGCUUUUUGGUUUUUUGGUUUCAUUUUGAUGGGGUUGGAGCUGCCUGCUUGCUUCAAAGAGAUCCAAAUUUAGGGAUACCUUUCUGAUCACACAUCUCUCUCUCACACACACACACACACACAGACAGUCUUGAUGAACUUGUUUUCUUAAACUGUACGGAUUAUUGGAUUCUUGUUUCUGUUUUGGCAAAAUUUUGUACUCCAGCGUCUGGAUUCUUGUGUUGGAUCGUCUUCAAAGAGUUGGCUAUACUUGUAAACGACUAUCUUGGAUGUACAAGAAGAAGUUUAGUUUACUGCCUGCCACAGGGUUUUCUUGUUAUUCAGAUCUGUAGAACUGAAGAUGGGUUUUUAAACAAGAUUACAGUUUGAUGAUCUGAAGGUCUCACCAGUCAAUCUUUCUGAUAUCUCAAGUUAAAGAAAAAGAGAAAAAGAAAUAAUUUAGUCCAGUUCAUUUAAUAAUAGAGAGAGAGAGAGAUAUGAAGGGCAUGUUUUUGGAUGACAGUAUGUCAAAUUUAACAUCAGCAUCAAAUGAAGCAAGCCUAUCUUCAUCAAGUAACAAGAAUGAAGUUGGUACUAUGUACCCUCCACCACAACAGAUGCAGCAGUCCUUUGCUUCUGUGCCAAUUAAUUCCAACAAUCAAACCCAAACCAACAAGAAGAAGAGAAAUCUUCCCGGCAAUCCAGACCCAGAAGCUGAGGUGGUAGCCAUGUCUCCAAAAUCACUCAUGGCAACAAACAGGUUUCUAUGUGAGAUUUGCAACAAAGGGUUUCAAAGAGAUCAGAAUCUUCAGUUGCACAGAAGAGGGCACAAUUUGCCGUGGAAGCUGAAGCAAAGAUCCAAACAGGAGGUGGUUAGGAAGAAGGUGUAUGUAUGUCCAGAACCUAGCUGUGUGCACCAUGAACCUUCAAGGGCACUUGGAGAUCUCACGGGUAUCAAAAAGCAUUUCUCACGGAAACAUGGGGAGAAGAAGUGGAAAUGCGAAAAGUGUUCAAAGCGAUAUGCGGUUCAAUCCGACUGGAAAGCUCAUUCCAAGAUUUGUGGCACUCGUGAACAUCGAUGCGACUGUGGCACUCUUUUCUCUAGGAGGGACAGCUUCAUCACCCACAGAGCUUUCUGUGGUGCUUUGGCAGGAGAAAAUGCAAGAUCUUCAUCAUCAUCCCUACUCUCACCAAACCACCUUCCCCUUCAUUUACCAAUCAAUUAUCCACUCAAAUCAGAACCACAUCUCUUCCAACGCCCUCAAGUACUCAAUUCCAACAUCAUCACUAAUACUUUACAAAAUCAUCAGUUGCCAUCAUGGUUUGUUCAUCAUCAUCAAGAAAAUCCUAGCCCUAAUAAUAAUAAUAAUAAUAAUAAUCUUCAUCUUCCUUCUCCUUCUUCUCCUCCUCACAUGUCUGCAACUGCAUUGCUCCAAAAGGCAGCUCAGAUGGGUGUGACAAUGAGCAAACCUGCAGCUAGUACCAAUACUGCCAUUGUCAUGUCACAGCAGCAACAGCAACAGCACCAGUCUAUUCCAAAUGGACCCCACCAAAAUGAUCACAUGUGUGCAUCUACACUAUUAACAGCUCAUCAUCAUGAUUCUGGUCUUGAAAAUUUGUCUUGUAGUGAUGAUGAUCAUCAUGCGAUGUUGGGAUUAAAGGGUGGGUUUGCUAAUGUCAGCAUGGCCGGUUGCUUGGACCAAAUUGGUGCAACCACGAUGCAUGCUCAUUCUCAGAUGCUUCAUACUAAUUCCUUGGCUUGUACUAGUGUAGGGUCAACUGCUUUGCAAGAGGCCUUUAACGGCAUGCUGAAUUCCACAAAGGGUAUUCACAAUACUGGCUUUCAAGAAGCAUUUUUCCGCCAAGCAUCAGAAGCAUCUCUGAAUCCAACCAAAGGAGGUGGAGGUGGAGGUAGAGGUGGAGGUGGUGGUGGGAAUGAUGAGUUGACGAGAGAUUUCUUGGGUCUUACAGGUUUUCCACCUCCUACUGCUGAUCAUCAUCAUCAUCUUCUCAAUAUGGCUGGUCUAGAUCCUCUAAACACUUCACCCUAUCAUCAUCAUCAGCAGCAGCAGCAGCAGCAGCAGCAGCAGCAUAAUCUGAACCAGAACCAAAAUCAAUUACCUUGGAAUGGUUAAUAUUUGGCUAGCUAGGAUAGGAAGAUACAAACUUUGUUAUCACCAUCUUAUCCCGUUUUUAAGCGCUUACUUGCAUAGUUUUUU